AUGAAUCGACACGGAAAUGCCUUUCGAUGUUUCAUGAUUCAAUCACAUUUAUUUCCGAAUCGUGUGAGUGUCAUUCAAUCAUUGCAAAAUAGUUUGAUUGAGGGAAUUCAAUCGAACACUGAGAAAAUUGUGGAUUCCACAAAUACAAGACAAACGACAAUAACGAAGAAAAUGAAUUUAGAAGAAAACAAAGCCAUCAAAGAAUUACAAUUUCGACAAUUGAUGAUUCAUCCUUUAGAUUUUGAAUUGAGAUUGUUUUUUGUGAAGAAAUUAAUUGAUUCCUAUUUGUUGAACACUACUACUAAUAAUAAGAGAAAACAAAGCAAGAUGGCUCACGAUAUUUAUUUAUUUGUUCUCGAUUACUUUGAUAAAAAGUACAUUUCAAAGAUUAUUGAAUUGAAAGUGAAUCAUUCCGUAUUGUCUAUGGAACAAGUACAAGAAUUUAAAAUCAUGAUUGAAUUGUUCCAACAAAACAAGUUAGAGAAAUAUGCCAUUGAAUUGAAUCGACUCGUGCUCAAGCUAUGUCCAACCUCAGAUCCUCAACUCUACCAAAGUCUCUUUGAUUUGUACAUGAAAGGAAAUGAGUAUUUAAAAGCAUUCAAAAUGUACAGCCAUUACAUGUAUCUCACUGGAAAUAACUCGAUCGAAAAUUAUGCAACCUGUGGAGAAUGUUUAGAAAAGGCAGGAUACUAUCAUUUAGCGUUGAUUGCCUUUUGGCAGUGUCAUUCUCAACAACAAGAAGAAUUAAUGUCCUACCAUCACGCACAGCUGCAACAAUCACCAGCAACAGAGGAAGAGAGUCCAAUCAUUGAGGAGAUUAAACAACAUUCAAUGCUAGAUCGAACUAAAAUCGCUGAUAUUCAUGAUGAUCAGUCCCUAAAAUACUUGAGGCACAUUCAAAGUCGACUCAUUCCCAAACUUAACACAAGUUCCAUUGUUUUAACAAAGGAACAGCAGGACCUCGUCUUGCACAUUCAACAACUUGCAGAUAGGAUUGAUUUUAGUGGUAAUCGAUUAUUUAAUAAUAAAUAG